CGUGAGUGAAUAAAUGCUCGUUGAAUGUUUGCAGUUAGAUACCAGGUUUUUUAUGUAUAGACGGGGCAUUGACAUUCAUUCAGUGUUAUGUAAUGAAAACAAUGCAAUCAAUUAUCUUCUAUUUCUAUGACUAUGUAUGUGCAUGCAUGUAUAUUAGGUUUUAUUAUGUACUAUGAACCUCGGUGCAGCAAGUGCUAGGGAACAAAGCGUGUAAUUUGCAGGCGCUCCCUUGCCGUGCGGCUCCAGCAGUGGACGUCGGAUCCGGAGACCCGUCGCUGCGCGCUCUCGCCAAUCAAUGUCGGCAGGGAACGCGGCGCGUUCGGGAAGGGAGACCAUGUCUGUGGAGGAUGCUCUGCAGACGAUGCUGGAUGGAGGUGGGCUGCAGACGGAGCACUUUGACUCCUUGCCCGAGACGGUGCAGCCCGUGGUCUUGAAGAAAACCGUGUGCUACAUCGUCUGCGCCGUCAUUUUCAAUGAAAAGAAUGAAGUGCUAAUGGUGCAGGAAGCCAAGCUGGAGUGCCAUGGCCGCUGGUACCUGCCCGCAGGCCGCAUGGAGAGGUCCGAGAGCAUCGUGGAGGCCAUGAGGAGAGAGGUGAAGGAGGAGGCUGGACUGGACUGCCAGCCAAUCACCUUGCUACUGGUCGAAGAGCAGGGCCCCCAGUGGAUCAGAUUUGUUCUUCUGGCAGAAGAGACAGGAGGUUCUCUGAAGACGGAGGCAGAAGCUGACAGCGAGUCCCUUCAGGCUAAAUGGUGGGACCGGGAGAGUCCCCUUCCCCUGAGGGGACGGGACAUCCUUUGUCUCAUUGAUGCUGGCUUCAAAUACGUGAAGAAGCCCUGGUUUCCCCCAGCCUUGCCCAUAGACGUGCCGUGCCACACCGUGUGCCAGAGGCUGCUCCUCACCUUCAGCAGCCCCGGCGGAGAGCUUUGGGUCCUGUCGAGCGGUGAAGAAGAGGACCCCCGCCUCCCCGUCGCCGUGUCCGACAGGGCCCUUGCCCUCACGUGGACCACCCAAAGGUUGAUGCGAGAGUGCAUGCCCUCUUCCUUUCGCAAGCUCCGUCUGAAAACCUGGGGCAUCCUGGGAGUGCAGCACAACGGAAGGAGCCCUGGCAAGACGGACGGGGUGUGUUUCAACACGCUGGUGUCCGUGGAGCAGAGCGUGCUGGGCGACGACGCUAGCCAGCCUCCGUUUGUAGAGAACCCCAAGUUCCGCUGGCACAAGGUAGACAGUCCUCAAGCGAGAGAGAAAAUUGAGCAGAGACUGUCGUCUGGGUCUGUUAUUCCGGUACGUAGUUUUUUUUGAACAAGGACCCAAAAUCACGACGCGUAGUGCAUCGCAAGCCGUAGUGGCAUUUACCACUGCUCACACUCACCCCUCGCUCCCCCAUCUCAGUGCAGGAGAAGGUGCCGACAGGAAUAUUCUCAGCCGUCGCCUUCCACGGCCACAGAAUCCAGCGCUUUCUUUUCGGUCUACAGACUCUUGUUUAAUGGGAUUAUUUUUACAGGAUGAUGCUAUUCUAGGAUGCAGACUGAUGUUAAGUGGAGACUCGACUUGGUGGCUUUGACGUUUUCACAGUGACAAAUUGUUUUUGAAAAGACUGUCCAAAGAAAAUGCUGACAUUUUAUAUAGAUGUGACACAAUCUGCUAUAUAGAGGGACAUGCAUAGAGUAACUGAAUAUUACGUAAGGGAUGCAUUCAGGUACACAACGCACAUGUGGAAUAGCAUAGUGUCCUACAUAUUUUAAAUUUUUAUUGAAGAUUUUCAAUAUUUGCACCAAAAUAAUUCAUACCAUAUUAAAAUGUUCAAUAUUUACUUUAUUAAAAUUAAUAUACAGUACAAACACAAAACUACACAACAUACCAGGGCAACUGGUAGUGUAGCGGUUAGCACUGCUUCUUUUGGACCCAAAGGUCACAGGUUCAAAUCCCCACUCUAGUUUCAAUACCCUCAAGCAAGGUGUUGACCCGUAAUUGCUCCAGUAAAAUUGCAGUUAUUUACCCAUUUAUACAGGUAAGUCGCUUUGGAGAAAAGCAUCAGCUAAAUGAAUAAAUAUGUUUUUAGGAAGACUUUCAAUCUGCUCGUAUUUCUAGAACCACCUGCAUUACCUUCAGUGUAGACUGAAAGCAUUAAAGAUUAAGGUAGCUUCU